ACACUUCUCAUGCCUUGAACAGAAAAUUGGCAUUUUGUGUGACCAAAACACUAUAUAAACCAGUUUGAUCAUCUCAGUAUCUACACAACCAACAUUUCAAAAACAGAAUCACAAGAACCAUGAAGAACUCUAUCAUGGGAACAUCUCUUCUAGUUUUGCUGGUUUUUGCCACUCUUACUUACUGCUUAGAUGCAAGAUUACAGGGUUGCCAGCCGAGUGGAAAAAUCAGAGGCAUAAAGCCACCUCCAGGACAAUGUAACCCUGAAAAUGACUCGGAUUGCUGCAAACAAGGCAAGAUGUAUACUACUUACACAUGUUCACCUCCUGUGACCGGUAAUACCAAGGCUGUUUUAACUCUAAAUAGCUUCCAAAAGGGUGGAGAUGGUGGUGGACCUUCGGAAUGUGAUAAUCAAUACCACUCUGAUGAUACUCCAGUUGUUGCCCUUUCAACCGGAUGGUAUAGUGGAGGAGAUAGGUGCCUUAACUAUAUCACCAUAAGUGCUAACGGAAGAAGUGUGAAGGCAAAAGUUGUAGAUGAGUGUGACUCUACCAUGGGAUGUGAUGACGAGCACGAUUAUCAGCCUCCAUGCCCAAAUAACAUUGUUGAUGCCUCUAAAGCAGUGUGGAAAGCCUUGGGUAUACCAGAAGAUAAUUGGGGAGAUUAUGACAUUACAUGGUCUGAUGCUUAGUGCAUUAUAUAUAGUAAUUAUGUACCGUUCCAAUGUAAUGAUUAUGUGCUUA